AUUGCAGCAAAAACAGAAAAUAUUCAGUUUCACUUUAAAGAAGAAAAUGUAACCGUUAAAACACACUUUCCUGAUUAUUUUCUGCUCGGCGCAGGUUCUUCGGCAUUUCAAACCGAAGGAGCAUGGAAUUUAUCACAAAAAGGAGAAUCAAUUUGGGACAGAAUGAUUCAUCAGAAUCCGCAUGCAGUAAAUGAUAUGACCAAUGCCGACGUUGCAACAAAUGCUUACAAUAUGUACAAAACAGACAUUAAUCUCAUCAAACAAAUUAACGUAAGCCAGAUUUACUCAAAAUUAAUGAAAUAUUAA